AUGCUGUUUGGGGGAGCCCUAGAUUUCAAUUUUUCGUCGGAGCCCCUGGGUCUGGCAACUGCUGGCAUCCCCCUAACCACACCAGCUGAGAGAGGAAUGGCUGGCAUGAUGAAGGCACUAGUGGUGGUGGUGAUGAUGGCACUGCCUAGACUGGAGUUGACAAGGGCUGAGUGUGCUGUGGAUCCAUUAGUGAAGGAUGACAGCAAGCAGGAGCAGGAAAACCUUCUUCAGACCCUCAGCCCAAUUAUAGGACAGAGGUCUGGAGAAGUAAAGGAUAAGCAGAACAAUACAUAUGAAUUUGCAGUGUGUUCAGACUUGCCAAAUCUGCCAGGUGUCAGCCUUGCCCAGACUGGCAAGACUCCUGUUCCCCUUGGAUACAACAACCGGACUCUGGUGUCCAGUGACAAGCAUUGGCUGAUGCUGACCUUCCUCGGGGGUCGUGCCAACCGGGCGGGUUGCAAUGACAGCCACUGGCAGGGACAUGUCGUCUUCAUAUGUGACCAUGACCAAGAUAAAAUUGACAUGAAAGUUCUUGAUGACUCCAAUUCCACGUUGAAGUUUUCUGCAAUGUUUGUUGUGCGCCACCAAAGCAUUUGUUCCCUGUCUCAGAAAGGCCUCAGUGGUGGUGCCAUAUUCUUCAUUCUGGUUUUGGUCAGUUUUUCUUUGUACUUCACCUUUGGCUUCUUGUACCUGCGGCUGGUGAGAGGAGCAAAAGGGGUUGAGCAGAUACCAAACCGCAAGUUCUGGUUUAGAGUUGGAAACCUGCUUGCAGAUGGAUGUGAAACUGUUCUCCGAUGUGACCGUUACUGUGGAGCAGGUGAGCGUCCAUCCAGCAGCUACAGUGGCUAUUCCCCAAUUGACGAGCAGCUGGCACAAGACCUGCAGGACGGUGACAGGGACUCAGCCUUGCUCAGCCCGUAGGAAGCAGGGAAAGUGUGAAGUCAGCAGCAGGUAGUGGUUGUUGUAUAAUUAUUGAACUUUGUUUUGUAAGGACCAGAUGAGUAUUGUUAGUGGCCUAUCAAUAUUUUCAGGACUAAAAAUUUUGUAAUUACAAUAAACUGUGUAUAAGUCAGACCAAUUGGGGAGAAAGCCAAUCCAAGUUAUUAAAAAAUCUGAGUUACUAAA